AUGGUGGAGCGGGGAGACGAGGCGCCGCUGCUGCGUUGGGCCGAGGGCCCCGCCGUCUCCCCGCCGCUGGCCCCGGACCCGCAGGCUGGAGGCCGGGGCUGGGGCGGCGGCGGGGGCGGCCGGGCGGCCGUGGAGCCGCCGAGGAGGCGGGAGCCCGAGGAGCUGGGUCCCUCCCAGGUGCUGCUGCAGCCCGGGCGCCUGGAGCUGGGCGACGUGGAGGAGGACCAGGUGGUGGCCGUAUUCGUGGUCACCUUCGACCCCCGCUCGGGAAACAUGGUGGAAUGGUGCUUACCUCAAGAUAUUGACCUUGAAGGCGUUGAGUUCAAGUCUAUGGCCAGUGGGUCCCAUAAAAUUCAGUCUGAUUUCAUCUAUUUCCGAAAGGGGCCCUUCUUUGGCCUGGCCUGCUUCGCCAACAUGCCUGUGGAAAGCGAGCUGGAGCGUGGCGCCCGGAUGAAAUCCGUGGGCAUCCUCUCUCCAUCCUACACCCUGCUGUACCGGUACAUGCACUUCCUGGAGAGCCAAGUCCGACACCAGCUGGAGAUGCCGGGACAUUACUCUCAUCUGGCGGCAUUCUACGAGGACAAGAAGGGGGUGCUCCACGCCGGUCCGGGGAGCGGUGGCAGCCUGCCCCCUGUCUACUGGCUGCCUUCCAUCCACCGAUACAUGUACCCCGAGAUGAAGAUCACACACCCAGCUGGCUGCAUGUCUCAGUUUAUUAAGUUCUUUGGGGAGCAGAUCCUCAUCCUUUGGAAAUUUGCCUUACUUCGAAAGCGCAUUUUGAUAUUUUCUCCCCCUCCAGUGGGCGUCGUAUGCUAUAGAGUGUACUGCUGCUGCUGCCUGGCCAACGUCUCCCUGCCGGGCAUCGGGGGCACCGUUCCCGAGUCCAAGCCUUUCUUCUAUGUGAACGUGGCCGACAUCCAGAGCCUGGAGGUGGAGGUGUCCUACGUGGCCUGCACCACCGAGAAGAUUUUUGAGGAGAAGCGGGAGCUGUACGACGUCUACGUGGACAAUCAGAAUGUGAAGACGCACCACGACCACCUGCAGCCGCUGCUGAAGAUCAACAGUGCCGACCGGGAGAAGUACCGGCGGCUCAACGAGCAGAGGCAGAUGCUGUUGUAUUCCCAGGAGGUAGAAGAAGAUUAUAACCCUUGUGAAGAGGACCUCUUUGUGCUGUUUUUCCUAGAGCAAAACAAUCGGAUAUUUCAGACUUUGCUGGAGGUGUCCGCCAGUCAAGACAAAACUCUGACAGCUGAGCAUGCCCGGGGCAUGGGUCUAGACCCCCAAGGAGACCGGAGCUUUCUUAUGGACCUGCUGGAGGCCUACGGCAUCGAUGUCAUGUUGGUCAUUGACAACCCCUGUUGCCCAUAGGAAGGAUGAGUUCACCCAGGCCCCAGAUGGCCUGAUUUUUAAUUAAGUUGACACAAAGGAACACUGUUUAUACUUCCAACAAAUGUAACUUUUGCAUCUCCUUCCCUCCCUCCCAAGAGGUAAGAUGAGAGCACCUUGGUUUUGUAGGUCGUUGGAAGCUACCACCUUCAGAGCUGCCGCCGGUGUGGUCUUAGGAGUUAUCAGAGCAGAUGCUCUCAUUGCCUUGUUGAGGGACUUGAGGAGAUGGGGCGAAGACCGCAUAUCACCAGGAGCGGGCCGAGCUCUGGAAACGUGGGGCUGGGCUGCUGAGAAAGUCUGUCCAGUCUUUGUCGCUUGACAUAUCAAGAAUAAGAGAACUCUCCAGUGUGGCGUUGGAUGUCCACCUGCCCGAAGCAGAAGCUAGACCAGGUGGCUUUUCAAGGUUAUUUUAAUCAGUUCUGGAAGUCUAGUCUUGGGAUCAAAUCCCUUUUCCUGUUUAUUAGAGUAAAUCUGUGUUUUCUCUGUUCACGUAGGUAAGAGACUUCAAAGAGGGACAAAGGAUAUUUCUGUCACCAAGUAUGAGCUUCUCUAAGGACAGAUGACUGGGAGAGGUUGCUUCUCAGUCACCUGAGAACUAAAAUUUUAGAAUGAAGCCUUGAAACCUUUCUCUGAGUGAGUUAAUGGCGGCCACUCCACGUAAUAGUCCUUUUUCUCUGAAUCCCCUCCUCUUGGGACGGGCUGGCAGAUUCCUUCAGGCCGAUGUUAACAAGAGUGUGUACCAGUUUGGAGCCCUCGUAAACAAACUUCUCUUUAGCAGAGACGACAUUUGUCGAGCUAAGUAAUUGGGACCAGAGAUGUACAGGUUUGUUAGCGAGCAAACGUGGCAGUCCCUCCACCCAGGAAAGUAGUUGGGAACCCUGAGUGUGAGCGAUGAGCUCCUCUGCUUUGCUCUGGAACGUUCUGACCUGGGACAGCUCCUGUCGGCCCUGCCUGUUCUCUUUGGCUGGGGCGUUCAGUGGAUGCCAGCUUAGGUGAGACAGCCACAGUUUGUUAGCCAGAGAAGCUAGCUCCUGGAGUAGCGUUUAGGCCUUUUGGGUCUGUUUAGGAUUUUGACUUGGGAUCCUGGGUUGUUGGUGACAAAUAACUUCUUGCCCCUCACCAUUCCUGCCUGGCUCUGUUAUUGGAAAAACCAUCAGUAUAUCCAUGUCUGGGACCAAGUUCCAGCCAGGCAAAUGUACACAGCAGAGAGAAAAAACUUCCAAUUAGAUGGAUCACAUGUCUUAUCUCAAGACUAGCUUUAUAGGGCUUAUUGCUUUAUUUAAAAAUAUUUUCACUGUAGCUCCUUGACAUGGAAUUCAAGACUAAAGAAAUUCACAUGUGGAAAUGCAAACAGACAUUGAUUAAUCAAGGUAGCAUCUUUUAUGUAAGUAUAUAAAUAAGUUUGGGCAUUGAAUUGUAAACUGUACAUUUUUCUCCUCUGUGGGUUUAGCCUUCAUUUCAGUAAUACAUAUGUUUACAAAAGAAAAAAAGAAUCUGUGUUUAGAAGCUGAAGCUUCACUGCCUUUUUCCUGGAAGAGUGACUGUCUCCUCUUGCCCCUGGAGAAGAAGCGGCCUUUCUAACUUGGGUCAAGUUAUGGUUACUUUUAUACUUUUAGUGGUAUCUGAAGGUUCAAGGCUUUCUAAGUUGGGGG